GCGGUAUUACCGUCCAAAUCGAAGAUGGGAUCUAUGAUAUUGGUGUUAAUAUUUUUUAGUGUAUUUGUAUCAUCUUGUCAUGCCGAAAAUAAUGAAACAGAAAUUAGAAUGGACCAGUCUAGAGAGUUCGUUGAGAGAUUGGCGGAACAAGGACGUACAUUGGCCCGCAAUUCAUUUAAACGUUUGAAGAUACUACUUCCGGCAAUAUUCUUCAAGCUAGGAAUUGCGUUUACGAUGUUGGUACUGGUCACUAUCGUUUCCGUUAACAAUGGCUUCAUCGGUUUUCUUCUUCUCGUAGUCGGUCUGAGCAGCGUUUUGGCUAGAUUCCAAGAAGCAAGAAGAACCCCCGUAGUACCGUAUGUUAGUACUUUACCCUACUACCAACAAACGAAGUUUAUUCAAGAUUGGGAUAGAAAAAAUAGAGCUAUCGAUGUUGGCGAAAAAGAGACAGCACCUGUUUUUGAUAAUAGUUACGGACAAGGGUACGUCUACCCUCAACUCGGCGCUUAUUACAAAUCGGCUUAAAUUUAUCCAUUCAUUUAUUAUAGACUAUAGAUCCUGGAUGCAUUUUAUCUUCCCAAAUCGAAAAAGUUUAAUUAAAAUUGCUCUUAGUUUUUUCUAUUCUUCAAUGACCGUUGGGGGGACCUACUCCUUCACUCUGGAGUCCGAUGGUUAAGUAGAGGACGGGUGCUGAAACGUUUUAAUGAUGUCCCAUCUGGCACAGAUCAAUUUUUCAAACAACGCGACGAACCGACUCCGGAACUAGAAAAUUCAAUCUGGCUUAGAGAUUUUGGUUUUCUCGUGGACGUUACAAAGAAAUUAAACGAACCUAAUUUGCAGCUUCAGGGAAGAGACAAGCGUUUUCCUAUUUUUUAAGAAAAAAUAUCUCGAAAUCCAUUAGGACCCUUAUGACAGCAACUAUCACGUAGAAAUAGUUUCUACACCGAAGAAUAACUUCAAAAAUCGUCUUCACGAUUUCAACGAAGUGACUUUAGUAGCGCAGUUUGUUGUUUCACCCUUUAUGGAAAUUGAUAUCCAACAGUUUGCAAAUUGUGUUAUGCAGAACUUUGGCGAAGACAUCGCUGCAACAGAAACGGAAGUAAUCGAGUUUCAAAAUGAUUCGG